UUCUCCUGAUCAGCCACUACUGUUCGCGCGGCUCCUUAAUCGAUCUCCUGGAAACGAUGACCCUGGAUAGCAGUUUCCAUUACUCAUUUAUUGCCGAUUUAUUCCAGGGCUUAACGUAUUUGCACUGGGUGGCGGGGGCGCACGGCCGUCUCCGCGGCACCUCCUGCCUGAUUGACGAGCACUUCACGUUAAAAAUCGGCCAGCACGGCUACGGCUCCAUCAUCCGCUGCAUCAACAAGCGCCUCUUCACCUCUCCCGAGCGCACCGUCUGGGACCCCCCGGAGACCGCCGGCCACCCCGCCCCGCUCCGCACCCCGGCGGCCGACAUGUACGCCGCCGGGGUCAUCGUCUACACCAUCCUUACCGGGGCGCCGGCGCCCCUCCAGGACGGGCUGACCCUCCCAGUCGGGACGCCGGCGGCACUGGAGGAGCUCCUGCGACGCUGCGGACAACGCCUCCCGGCGCCCCGCCCCACAGCCCGCCGCUUCCUGGAGGCCUUCUACCAGAUGGAGGCCACGCGGGCCGUCGGCAUCACGCCCACCACCACCGUCAUCGACCGGGUGCUGCUGCGUUUGGGGAAGUACGCCGGGGUCCUGGAGGCCGCCGUCUAUGAGCGCACCCGCGAGAUGGACACCGAGCGGGCCAAGUGCGACAGCCUGCUUAAUCAGAUGCUGCCGCAGUACGUGGUGGAGCGGCUGCGCAACCACCUGACGGUGGAGGCGGAGUGCUUCGAGCAGGUGAGCAUCUGCUUCACCAGUCUGGAGGGCUUCGCGCACUGGACGCAGCAUGUGCCGCCGGCGGCCAUCCUGGAGACGCUGACGCGCAUCCACGCCGUCCUCGACAGCGUCAUGUCCAACUACUUCGUCCAGAAACUGGAGGCCGUCAACGACUGCUCCCUGGUGGUCAGCGGGAUUCCGCAGUGCGCCGGCAUCCAGCACGCCAUUGAAUUAUGCCGGCUGGCCAGCGUGUUACUGGAGCGCUGUUUCUUCCCGGUGACCACCAGUCUCAGCCGCUGUCAGAUGCGCUGCGGCAUCCAUUCCGGACCGUGCGCCGCCGGGGUCAUCGGGACCAAAGUGCCGCGAUAUUGCAUAUUCGGCGACACGGUCAACGUGGCCUCGCGCAUGGAGAGCUACGGCGCCGGCGGCAAACUGCACGUCAGCGCCGCCACCGCCCACCUCAUCCAGAACUGCGUCGACUUUGUCUGUCUGCCGCGCGGCGACGUCAUCGUCAAGGGGAAAGGACACAUGCAGACCUUCUGGGUGCACGCCGCUACCGCCCAGGGCGCCGGCCGCACCCGCUCCUACUAAAACCAACCACGCGACACUAUACAGAAAAAACUUAAUUAUUC